AUGCGCGUUCAACUUUUAUUUAUCUUGGUCUUAUUAGCAAUUAUUUAUGAACAUCAAUGUGAAGAAACUACUGCUGAAGCACCAGUUGAAAAAGAUAAAAAUGAUUCAAAUGGAACGAAAACUAAUGCAAUGAAAGAUGGAAAUGAUAAUGAUGAAAAAAAAUCAGAUCGUGAUGAUAAUGAUGAUAAAAAGUCAGAUCGUGAUGAUAAUGAUGAAGAUUCAAAUGAAAAAAGACCAAGCAAAUAUGAUGAUGAUGACGAUCAAGAUAUUAAACCUUCAAGGAAACAAUCAAAACGACGUCGCAAAUCACCCGAUUAUGUUGGUCAUAUGAAUAUAUAUCUUAGAGGUUCAUCUAAAGGUGGUAAAAAGCCAAAACCACAACGAUUUCGUUUUCCUGUUGCUCGUUAUGAUCGUCGUCGAUUUCCACCAUUCGGUCCACUUAUUAAUUUUCUUCCAUGGUUACCAAUUUUCGUUGAACGUCGAACAAAACAAACAAUCAUCUAUUCACCACAAGGCGGUGUUUACAUUCUUCCACCAGUAGUUAAUUUUUAUGGAAAAGUUUAUUCAGUUGGUCAACUUAUUGCAUCUGGUUAUGCAAGUUUAGUUAGUACUGGUGGUCCACCACCACCCGCUGUCGAUGUUGCACCAUUAGUACAAACUGGUGCAGUCGUUGGUCCUGGUGUACCAACAGUAAAUCUAGCAACCGGUGGUUUUAGUGGAGCUAUUCAAACAAGUUUCGGUUCAUUUACUGUUCCAUCAUAUUCAAACUUAUAUGGAGGAAUGUACGGUUAUCAACAACAAGGUUAA